GGCCCUUCUAGAAGCAUCCCACAGUCGCAAUGACAGAGCUAUGAGACCCUUCGGGGCCCCUUCCAGUGUUGCCUUUCAACUUUCCAUCUUGUGCGUGCAAGGGGGUCCUCACAGGGGACGGUGGGCCCAGCCGGUCAUGUGCUCACUUGUCUGUGACAUCACGGAUGGUAACUGUGCAAAAUUUCAGCUCUCCCGGAUCUGAAAUUUCACAGAGCAGCCUUUGUCACCUUGUUAGAGAAUGUUUUCCAUCUCAACUCAGAGUGCAAAGAGCUGGCCAAGUCCAAGGCCGAGGUGGCCUGCAUCGCCAUGUACGAAACCGACGUGUUCGUCGUGGGGACCGAGAGGGGAUGCGCUUUUGUGAACGCCAGGAAGGACCUUCAGGAAGACUUUGCACAAUACUGUGUGGCCCAAGGGCUGAGCGACAGGAAGCCGCCAGGCCCUGUGAAUGGGACGCAGGUGCCCUCGGGAGAAACGGAAAUACUCAGGAAAGCCGUGGAGGACUAUUUCUCCUUCUGCUACGGUAAGGCCCUGGGGAUGGAGGCCAUGGUGCCUGUGCCCUACGAGCAGAUGCUUCGAGACCAGGCGGCCGUGCAGGUGCAGGGGCUCCCGGCAGGCGUCACCUUUCAGCACCCAGGGAAUUACGAUCUCGCCACCCUGAAAUGGAUUUUGGAGAACAAAGCAGGGAUCUCCUUCAUCAUCCACAGACCUUUCCUGGGUCCCGAGAGCCAGCCAGGUGUUCCUGGAGCCGUGCCGGAUGCCGAGAGAGCCAUGACAGCAGCAAACAGAAGCUCUGGCGACCCCAUCAAUGUGAAAACCGAACCCAUGGAAGAUUCUGGCAUCUCACGGGCAGCGGUGGACGUGUCAAUCAAGAAAGAGUUGGAAGAUCCCAGCUACUACGAAUGUCACACGCAAGGGGGCCUCCAUUCUUCUUCGGGCAAUGAAGUAAUGGAAAUGGAAUUACCAAUGGAAGAUUCUAUUCAGCCGGUCCCUCCAGAAAGAAACAAGGACCCCGAAGCGGACGUGAAAAUGGAAGACAUGCACUCAUCCGGCGUUGCAGGUUCCACAGCAGGUGUGGAAGAGCUGAACAUUGUUCAGGUCCCUGUCCCAGACAAUGAGAAACAGAGAGUGUCAAGCAUCGAAAAGAUUAAACAGCUAAGAGAACAAGUCAAUGACCUGUUUAGCCGAAAAUUUGGUGAAGCGAUCGGUGUGGAUUUUCCCGUGAAGGUCCCCUACAGGAAGAUCACCUUCAACCCAGGCUGUGUGGUGAUUGACGGCAUGCCCCCGGGGGUGGUGUUCAAAGCCCCCGGCUACCUGGAGAUCAGCUCCAUGCGGAGGAUCUUGGAUGCCGCCGAGUUCAUCAAGUUCACGGUCAUCAGGCCGCUGCCCGGACUUGAACUGAGUAAUGUGGGGAAGCGGAAGAUCGACCAGGAGGGCCGCGUGUUCCAGGAGAAGUGGGAGCGGGCGUACUUCUUCGUGGAGGUGCAGAACAUGCCCACGUGUCUGAUCUGCAAGCAGAGCAUGUCGGUGUCCAAGGAGUACAACCUGCGGCGCCACUACCAGACCAAUCACAGCGAGCUCUACGACCAGUACACGGAGCAGACGCGCGACGCCAAGCUGCGCGAGCUCAAGAGAGGGCUGCGCCGGGGGCUGCGCCAGUACCUGCUGGGGGCGCCCGAGGCCGCGGGGCCGGCCGGGGCCGGGGUCGGGGCCGGCGGGGCGGGGGUGCCGCCGGCGCCGCCCGCCGAGGACCUGGCUGGCGGCCUGUGGGAGAAGCUACGCGAGAAGAUCCGGGCGUCCGUGGCCUACUCCAUCGCCAUCGACGAGAUCACGGACAUCAACAACACCCCGCAGGUGGCCCUGUUCAUCCGUGGCGUGGACGAGAACCUGGAGGCCUCGGAGGAGCUGCUGGACACGGUGCCCGUGACCGGCAGCAGGUCGGCGCAGGAGACGUUCACGCGCGUGGAGAAGAGCCUGAAGAAGUUCAACAUCGACUGGUCCAAACUGGUGAGUGUGGCGUCCACGGGCACACCGGCCAUGGUGGACGCCAGCAACGGGCUGGUCACCAAGCUGCGGUCCAAGGUGGCCGCGAGCCGCGGAGGGGGCCCUGAGCUGAAGUCCGUGUGUUGCAUCAUCCACCCGGAGUCGCUGUGCGCACACAAGCUGCAGAUGGACCACGUCAUGGAGGUGGUGGUGAGCUCGGUGAACUGGAUCUGCUCUCGGGGCCUGAACCACGGCGCCUUCACCACCCUCCUCUACGAGCUGGACAGCCAGUACGGCAGCCUGCUCUACUACACCGGUAUCAAAUGGCUCAGCCGCGGGCUGGUGCUCAAGCGGUUCUUCGAGUCCCUGGAAGACAUCGACUCCUUCAUGUCGUCCCGCGGCAAGCCGCUGCCCCAGCUGAGCUCCGGGGACUGGAUCAGAGACCUGGCCUUCCUGGUGGACGUGACCACGCACCUCAACACACUGAGCCUGGCCCUGCAGGGCCACUCGCAGCUCGUCACGCAGAUGUACGACCUCAUCCGGGCCUUCCUGGCCAAGCUGUGCCUGUGGGAGACGCACCUGGCCCGGAACAACCUGGCCCACUUCCCCACGCUGAAGUCGGUGUCCAGGAGCGAGCGCGACGGGCUGAGCUACCUGCCCAAGAUCGCCGAGCUGAAGGCAGAGUUCCAGACCCGGCUGGCCGACUUCCAGCAGUGCGAGAGCGAGCUGGCCCUGUUCCGCGCGCCCUUCUCGGUGACGGUGGACUGCGUGCGGGAGGACCUGCAGCUGGAGGUCAUCGACCUGCAGUGCAACACCCUGCUCAAGGCCACGUACGACAAGGUGGGGGUGCCCGAGUUCUACAGGCACCUGUGCAGCAGCUACCCGAGGCUCCGGGCCCACUGUGCCAAGGUCCUCUCCAUGUUCGGGAGCACCCACAUCUGCGAGCAGCUCUUCGCCAUCAUGAAACUGAGUAAGACGGAGUACUGCUCCCAGCUCAAGACGGCACCCUGGGACUCCGUGCUCCACGUGGCCACGUAAGGUAGGACGCCCAGCCCCGCGUGGCGGGACCCGGGCCUCGGAUCGCAAAAGGAGAAAAUUCACUACGAGGUGGCCCCAUGACUACUUUUGUUUUAUUUUUUUUUGACAGGCAGAGUGGAGAGUGAGAGAGAGAGACAGAGAGAAAGGUCUUCCUUUUUGCCUUUGGUUCACCCUCCAGUGGCCGCUGCGGCCGGCGCAUCUCACUGAUCCGAAGCCAGGAGCCAGGUGCUUCUCCUGGUCUUCCAUGAGGGUGCAGGGCCCAAGGACUAGGGCCAUCCUCCACUGCCUUCCCGGGCCACAGCAGAGAGCUGGCCUGGAAGAGGGGCAACCGGGAUAGAAUCUGGUGCCCCAACUGGGACUAGAACCCGGUGUGCCAGUGCCGCAAGGCGGAGGAUUAGCCUAUUGAGACACGGCACCGGCCCCACGCCUACUUUUGUUUGUUAAUGUUUCCCCACUUGGAAAUAUUAUGUGCGGUACCAGGCCCAUCUGUGUGACGCGUCAUGCCUCCUCGUAGUUCAGUAAACACCCAGAGAGGUUUAGUUGUUUCUCCACAAGGUGACAGCCUUGUGCUCAGCCUGUUCCGGUCUUCCGUGUCACCUACCUGAGCCCCAGGGGCUCUGGACGUCCAGAAGUGUCAGUCAGCAGAGAAGCAGACACGUGUGUGUGUGUGUAUGUGUGUCCCUUGACGGCUGUGUGUGCCCACGUAUGCCCCUCCCCUGUUCUCUCGGGGUCCCGUGCACGUUCUAGCGUGUGGCAAGUCUGACCGGAAUCGGUUGGCCGUGAGUCACACAUGGUAUCCCUGUAUUACCUGUCUCCCCCUUUACGGGAAACUGGAAGGAACCCCAGCCUAAAAUAGAAAACCCCCAAAACAAGUAACCUAGGCUACAAAACACAGAGUAAGUGGAGGCCGAGGUUCUCUUUAGGAAAACAAAACAAGGGGCCGGCACUGUGGUGUGGAGGGUUAACGCCCUGGCCUGGGAGCCUGCAUCGCAUGUGGGCGCCAGUUCAAGACCCGGCUGCUCCACUUCCUAUCCAGCUCCCUGCUGUGGCCUGAAAGAAGUAGAAGAUGGCCCAAGUGCUUGGACCGCUGCACCCAUGUGGGAGACCCAGAAGAAGCUCCUGGCUCCUGGCUUUGGAUCAGCGCGGCUCCAGCCGUUGCGGCCAACUGGGGAGUGAACCAACGGAUGGAAGACCUCUCUCUCUCUCUUUCUCUGCUUCUCCUUCUCUCUCUGUGUAACUCUGACUUUCAUAUUAAAAAAAAAAAAAAAAAGCAGCAGCUGGGUCACACGCGGGGGCAGGGCUGCCGAACUGCAGCCGCCUACACGUGACCCAGCCACUGAUUCCAGACGCAGGCGCCCCCAGCAGCAGCUCUGCCCACGGCACCACAGCGCCCACCCCUCAGCCUCUUGGCAUUAUCUUCAGCUUGGAGGAUAAACAACACCCUGAA